UGGCUCGCCUCUUACGAAGCAAUCAAAGAAAGCUCAAAGCGUCACCUUUACCAUCACUCAACAUCAUCAACUUCACCAAGCUACCCCAGGUAGCCCGCAACAACACAUCACCAUGUACGGCUCGUACGGAUCAUACAGCUCUAUGAGCCCCAUCUCCAUGGGGGCUCCUUUGGACGUGACCUCCAGCAGCAUGCUCGCGCAUGACAGGUCAUGCGCUUUCCCGUCGUGGCCGCACCGGGAUUCUCUCUCUGCAACUGAGUCGGGCCGCCCAUCCUCGUACCUUUCCGACGACGAUCUCUUCCCUUCAGCACCCGUUGAGGACGAUGCUCGCAGUGUCUCCAGCUCCGGCUCCAGCUCCAGCAUUUCACCCAUGGCCGACGACGAGUUGCUCCGCAUGGAACGGGAGCGACAGGCAUUGCAACGCGAGGCCGCCCUCCGCUACAUUGUCAACGAGAAGGAACGUCGUCGCCAGGCCAUGCACGCCAAGCGCCAACGUGCCCGUCAAGCCCAGGGUGGCAGCAGCUCUUCGGGGAAAGCAUCCAAAAGCAAGCUCACUUCCAUGACGCCCAUCGCGGAGGCUGGCGAGUGAGCCAAACACAGAGUCAAGGGAUGACUCGCCACAGUCAUCACCGCCACAGCUUAUUACCAAAACCGACCCCACAGAAGC